AGUAGUGUUGAACACGUGCACGUUUCCUUACGUUAUGAAAUUUAAAGAUUUUGACUGUUGUUAAGUUUCUGGGAGCAUUUUCCUGUGGUUCAUUACAGAAGAGUACUGUUAUCAUGCAGGAGGCUGGAUAUUCUGCUCUUCAAUUGAAGCGUUGGCUAUAAGACAAUCGGGAGAUGGAUGAGGCGGGGCUGAGCUCUCGAAUUAAGGAGGACAAUGACUUUUUCAAGCGCCUGGUGGAUAGGAUUCCUGUACAUGUGUACUUCGAUCAGGAGACUAAGGACGAGAUAAGAGGUGAAGUUGGCACAGAUGAUGAAGGGAACAAGCCAAAGAAAAAAAAGCGAAAUGCUAGACGUGAUGAAAGGAGAGGGAAACUUGUUGACCCGAUGGAGGGUAAAACUGUGACCCAACUUCAGGAUGAGUUAGAUAACAAAACUACAGCUGACCCAGAAGGAAUGCGUGUAAAGUCAAAGAAGAAGAAAACCAAGAAGUCUGACAAAGGAAGGUCUGAGACUCUGAAAGAGGUGCCCAGCAAGGAGGAGCUUAGAGAGAGACUUCUCAGAAGGAUUGAAGAGUUGAAAGGGAAAAGAGGACAUAGAAGUCCAGAAGAAUGGAUUGAACAGAAAAAACUGAAGAGGAAAGCAAGCAAGCUAAAGCAGAAAAUGAGGGCGAAAAAGGAGAAAUUGAAUCCUGUUAAGGGAGACAACUCUAGGAAUGUUUUGCCAAACGGAGAAAUUACCUCCCCUGUUAAUCCGGUUUAUAACAAAGAAGGGAAAAUAGUGUUCAGCAAAUUUGACUUUUCUGACACUGGUGAGAAAACCAAAACGCCAAUGGCUGAUCUUACAGGAAAAGACUAUAAAAAAAUUCUGGACAAUCUGGAAAAACGUAAGGAGAAAGUUAAAAAAUUACAGGAAACGAACGUUCUAGCUGCUAGGGAACUGCAGAAAAAGUCUGCAUGGCAAAUGGCCAUUGGCAAGGCUGAGGGUGUUAAAAUUAAAGAUGACCCAGAAUUGUUAAAGAAAGCAUUAAAGAGGAAAGAAAAACGUAAAGAAAAGUCUGCGAAGUCAUGGAAAUUCCGAGAGGAGAAAACAGAGCAGAAGAAGAAAGAGCGUCAGGAAAAACGCCAGAAAAAUAUUGACUCUAGAAAACAGACAAAACAGAAAAACAAACUGAAAAAGGCGGUGAAAAAAGGCCGCAUAAUUCCAGGCUUCUAAGAAAUUACAUGAAAAAUAUGUUGCUUAAUGUUUUGUACAUCUUUAUUAGGAAUUUGUGAUUGAUUGAGUAAUCUCAGGUGGGUCAUUUAAACAAUGACAUUAAUGAAAUGUUAAUGCAUUUUUACAUAAAUAACAUAAACUUUCAUCAUCUUUUAAGUGGUUAUUUUGUCCAUUGAAAUUGUUUUUAGAAACAUAGAAACAAGCAGAGGUAGUUUUUGUGAAGUUUUGUUCUCGGGGAGGACAUGAGUGGUCGCACUGGAGAAUUAAGUACUUCAGUCUGAGAUGCUUUACAAUAAACUUGCAGUCGCACCUAAAUCAAACAAAACAUCAAAUAAAAUAUUUUCUCAGCCCAACAUUGAAACAAGACAACU